GAAUUUUAGAGAAUGUCGUAAAAAUCAACAAAAAACCAUGUGAGUGCAAUUUUUAUUGCGUCAUGUGUAUUUGACUUGUUCAUAAACCCUCUUUUGCGAAGUCAAAGGUCUUGUCAUAGGAUCAGUUAUGAUCUUACGGCAAAAAUAUUGGAAUUUCUGUAGAUAUUUUGCAACAAACUCCACAUUUCAGAUGAUGGCUGCAGCUAGCAGAUCAGGAUGUUCAAACAAUGGGCAGAGAAAAAAUGGAUACGACAGAGAGAGGGUUCCAAAGCCAUUUGUUAUUGGUGUAGCUGGCGGAACUGCUUCUGGCAAAUCCUCGGUGUGUGCCAAAAUCAUGCAGCAGCUGGGUCAGGAUGAUGUGGACCAUCGACAGAGACAGGUAGUCAUUAUCAACCAGGACACAUUCUAUCGUGAACUCACAGACCAAGAGAAUGCUAAAGCACUGAAGGGAGAAUUCAACUUCGAUCAUCCAGAUGCUUUUGAUUUUGAUUUCAUGUUGAACACAUUGAAAGAAUUGGUAGCUGGGAAGUCAGUGAAAUUGCCCCAGUAUAACUAUGUGAAAAAUGCCAGAGAUGAGCAAUGGCAUACUGUAUAUCCUGCUGAUGUUGUUCUCUUUGAGGGCAUCUUAGUGUUUUAUUUCAAAGAACUUCGAGACAUGUAUCACAUGAAGCUUUUCGUGGACACAGAUCCAGAUACAAGAUUAGCCAGAAGAGUACUUAGAGAUACAAAAGAGAGAGGGAGAGACAUUGAAAACAUACUACACCAAUACACUACUCUAGUCAAGCCAGCGUUUGAGGAAUUCUGUCUCCCGACAAAAAAAUAUGCUGAUGUGAUAAUACCAAGAGGAGCUGAUAACACAGUGGCAAUUGAUUUAAUUGUGCAGCACAUUCAAGAGCUACUACGUCCAUCUAAAAACAUGGUCAACAAGCGACCACGGCACAACUCGGACUCUUUUGUGGGCAGGCCACAUUAACAUUGCAUUGACUAUUCUAAGCCAUGUUAUUUAGAAACUGUAUUGACCUAGUAAUAAUUUACUUGUACAUGUACCUGUUGAUACACAUGUAUUUUUGAAUAACUGAUUCAUGCAUUUUUAGAUAAUUGAUUCUGAACUAUUUUCACUGCCAUAUUUUGAGCUUUUUAGAUUUGAUAUACAUUGUAUAUACAGUGUAUAGUUGUCAAUGAUUCAACAUACCUGUUCUGAUCUUGUAUACUAAUGUAGAAUAUACAAAUUUUUGAACAGUUGAAAAGGGAAAAUACUUCUGCUAGAAAAGAACUGAUGAAUGACUGUAUAAAGCUUAAAAUAAUUUUGCUCUAGACAGAUGGUUUUGAAGAAUUGGUUGUGUUUAUUGUAUGCGAAGUUUACUUAACGAGCAGAUAAAAUUUUGUAAUAUCAGGUUAAUUUUUUAGUGGGUGACAACAUUUGUGUUAAUUUGGUAACUUGAUACUAGCUUGGGCAUUAACUAGAUUGUUAGUUGUCUAAAUGAAGAAAGGAGAAGAUAAUCUUAAUUCAAACGUGUAAUUUAUAUAACAUUUUAUAGUAUCUUUAAAUAUUACAAGUUCACUUUUCCUAAUCCUCUUGGGUGCAAAGUUAAAUGAAUAAAGUCCAGAAAUAAUCCAUAUAUGUAUAUUUUUAUAUCUGUGAAAGUUAAAAAAGUUUUGCACAUUAAAAUAUUUUCAAAAUUGACAUACUGGUAGAUACUGUAAAUGUGAAUUUCAAAAUUAGUAAACUGUACACAGUGUUCAUAUAGUAUUUCAUAAUUAUUGUCACUGUGAUAAAUACAUGUACAUAUCUAUAGCUUGAAAAAUUUCAAACUACAUGUAUUGAACAGUUUUUAUGAUACACGAAACUAUUGUCUAAUUGUUACUGUCGGUGAAUUAGUGUACAUAGGUAUCUCAGUUGUAUGCUUGGGUUAUCAGAUGCAUGUUUUUCAUGUGUGGUUACAUAGAUGUGUAUUAUUUUAUACAUAUGCUGUUAUACAAAUGUUUAGAAUGAAAUUUUUGUGGUGAAACUGUCCAGUAUGUAUAUACAUCAACAUCGUACUUGUUUUAUAAUUUUUCCUCAUCAAAAUUAUAUUAGGGAAAUAAAUGUAUAUUCACAGGAAUAAAAAUUGUAAACAGAA